AUGGAGAAAUUCAGUAGAUCUAAAUCAAGUAGAGUGCAGGUAGAGAAGUACAGCUCCAUUAAUGGAGAAGCUCCAACUAGCAUGCAAGAUCUGAGGAGUUACAGCACUUCUACUUCUUCAUAUGGAUCAUCAUCAGUUCACAAUCCUCCCCCUCCUCCAGUACCAUUACCCCAUCUAGAUCAUAAUCCAGCCAAGAUCAACAAACAAAAGAAUUGGGUUUCUUCUUCUUCUUCAAAACGUUGGAGUUUCAAUGACCCUGAGUUGCAGAGAAAAAAGAGAAUUGCAAGUUACAAGGCCUAUUCCAUGGAAGGAAAAAUGAAGGGUUCUUUCAAAAAGAGCGUCAGUUGGAUCAAGGAAACCUGCAACCACGUCGUUCAUGGAUGGUGGUGA